CGAAGCAGCCCCCGACAACGUCGCCAUGCCCUGUCUCGCCGUGGACGUUGAGAUGGAGGGAAGAGCCACGACAACGUACAAAGACCCCUCUGCAGUCUUCGGUUGUUGGAUUGGUGAGCGGAAUGGAUUGGACUGGGUAAGAGAUUAGAUUGCGGGAAAAGUCGACAGGGUAAGAGCAACAACGAGUCAAUGGCGACUACUUGGGCAUCUGAUCCUCGUACCACCAGGCGGCGUGGUGGUGUUGGUGCUGCUGAGAUUGGCACGCGCAUCACUGAUCUGCCGGAGGCGUUGCUAAGCGAGGUGCUCCGUAGACUGGGUACGGCGAGCGAUGUCUGCCGCACCGCUACAGUCUGCUGGUCGUUCGCCUCGGCCGUCCGAUCUAAUCUGACUUGGGCGCUGCUGCUGCCUCCUGCAUAUCGUCGCCUUUGCGAGUCGAACCCCCCUUCCUCUUCCUCCUCCUCCUCCUCCUCCUCCCCCUCCCCCCCCGCCCCCUCUUUGAGUUCCCGGGCUUGCUACAGGCAUCUCCUUCGUGGCUUUCCUGACAGUAAAUGCUGUCACGUGCACUAUCGAUUGGAUAAGUCUUCGGCAGCCUUGCAGACGAGCGUGUCGGCGGGAAAGUUUGUUGAUUGGGGUAACAGCUCGCGGUCCUGGAAGAUAAUUCCCAUCGAGGGGAGUGUAUUUACGGAGGGCAUGGAACUGCUGAGCGUGUGGUGGUUCGAAAUCACGGGCACGGCAAUGUGCUCUUUGCCACCGGGAAGGUACAGGUGUGCAUGGAGACUGUCUCGGUCCCGGGAUGGUCGUUACCGCUUCCGGAUCGAACCGGGGCCACAGUGUCCAUCGAGGGAGGGCCCGUUAUCCAGAGCUACAUAAGGACAGGAAGAGGUGACAUCGCGCGUUACCCAAAGUGGUCGGAGUUGCGAGUGGGAACCAUAGAAGUCGUCCCCGAGGAGGACGAGAAAGAGGACAACGAACUGUUGUCGGUAGCAAUCAAGUUUCGAUUAUGCAAUAUUUCCGUGUGAGGGUGGACAUAUGGCGUGAUUGUGGACGGAUUGGUGAUACGACCUGCAGUGAUUGCAGAUCGCACAGAGGGGAGCAAUGAAGAGGAAGACCGCAAAGAGGAUGAUAGCGUGCCAGAGCUCUUCACCGUAGAGAGGAGGGGGUGGAAGCGACGAGGAGGGCAGAUGCCGUUUAAGAGACCUAUCCGAACUCUUCAGUUGUUCAAGUAGUCAGAUGUUGAUAAAGUGAGAGAGGCAACGCUGGAGUAGGAGAGGGACGAUACAGUGAAGUACGCUCGACCCCAACUGGUGGUGGUGGUCCCCACUUCUACGAGGUGUACAGUAGGAGUGCGGGUGUCAUUCUUUUGCACGGUCGUUAUUUAUUAUUCGUGAUGGAGCAAUGAAAGGUAAUAUGAGAUUUUGGACAGGAGGGCUGAAGAGGAAAACACGGGCAGGGGCCUGAUACCCUCGGAUAGCGAGACCGGUAGGGGGGCCUGUCUGUGCAAGAGGAGGAAGGUCGCACACCGAUUUCUGUUGAGUGGUCAAUUUGAUUUGCACGUGGUCGCAACUGAGUGCUCGGUUGUUGCUAACAGGAAGGGAGCAACUCCCCAUCAGCAGGCAGGAGCGUCUCAGAAAGGACAAACAGUCCUAUUACCCAGGAGCGACCUCUGGGGCAAACAGAUGCAGCAAUGAACUGAAGUUUUGGGA